AUUUCAGUUGAAUUUCAGUAUUCGUGCCGCAACCAUAAGGUAAACAUUCUGUCAAAUCGUGUGUAACGCAAGUAAAAAAAAGAAAAAAAAACGGUAUAUAUUUCCCCUCCCCUAUUGGCAAAUAAAAAUUUUAUCUCCAUGUAAAGUUUAUUUUAUCGAAUCGAUAAGAUUAAAAAAAAAAUCGUGUUUCGUAUUAUUAAAAAAAAAAAAAGAGCGCGGAGAGUGCCGGCGAAAAAUGUCUCGAGUUCGUUAACCGCGGGGGGCUUUUUUUUGUUUUCUGAAGAGAGUUGUCAAUAUAAGUUUUUUUUAAAAAAAGCGGAAGUGAGGAAAUUGUUUUGAUUUUUUGGUGGUGAUAUUACAUAGUAACAGACACAAACCGAAAGGAUGUAUUAUUCCGAUGGACAUGAGGUGGAUGGCAGCUGGGUGCUGCGAGUUUACGUCACGGACCUGCAGGUCGAGAGGAGCCUUCGUGUCAAGGGCGAACUCCACAUCGGGGGUGUCAUGCUUCGUCUCGUCGAAGAUCUCGAUGUGCAGAUGGAUUGGUCAGAUCAUGCCUUAUGGUGGCCAGAAAGAAAUCAUUGGUUGACAAGGACAAGAAGUACUUUGGACCAAUAUGGAGUUGCUGCUGAUGCUCUUUUACAUUUUACACCAAUGCACAAAACUCUUCGAGUUCAAUUGCCGGACAUGCGUUAUCUCGAUUGCCGUGUUGAUUUUUCUGUUAAAACUUUUAAUGCCGUUAUUAAUCUCUGCAAAGAAUUCGGUAUCAGACAUCCGGAGGAGCUUUCAUUUUGCAAACCAUUGGAACCAUGUCAUUUGAAAUAUAAUUUAAAAGAUUUGCCAGCAAAAAAGAAAAUUGAAAAUCAUAAAAAUGGAUGGCACGUACCAGCUGAUACAAAUACAUUUAUUCCUGUCACUCAAAGUCCCAGGGGAUCAAACGGAAGUUUGGAUCAAAGUAGUCCCUUUAUGUGUGCACCGGUCACUCCAAAUAACAGGACUCACAGUACGCCAAUCAGUUCACCGAUUUCGACUGGAACAUGGAAGAGAAACAAUAAUUCCUCAGGUUUUGGUAGCACUGGUUCGUUUAAUGCAAAUAAUAGUACAAUGAGUCUUGAGGCAUUAAAUGGUGGACUUUCUGAAUUUCUUGCACAAAGUCCAUCAUCAAUUUCACCUGAAGUACGUGGUAAAUUAACACGUCCAAAAAGUUUAAUUGAAAGAGCACGAAUGAAUGUUGCAUGGUUAGAUUCAUCACUAUCGAUAAUGGAGCAGGGUAUUCGUGAAUUUGAUAGCCUAAGGCUUAAAUUCAAAUUCUAUUCAUUCUACGACCUAAAUCCAAAGACCGAUUCAGUUAGAAUAAAUAUGAUUUACGAACAAGCAAAGUGGCAACUACUCGCCGAAGAAAUUGACUGCACCGAAGAGGAAAUGCUCAUGUUUGCUGCCCUUCAGGUUCAAAUAAAUUUGCAAGCGAGUAUUCCACAGCCAAAUUUCGAUAGUAAUGGCUCGUCAUCACCAAUGGAGGAUGAUAUAGACGCAGCUUUAACAGACCUUCAGGUUACCCUUGAGGGGACAACGAUGAACAAUGGUCCCAGCGAUAUUACACAAAUUCCUGAACUCUGUGACUAUCUACGUUUCUUUAAACCAAAGCGUUUCACAUUAAAGGCCUUCAAGCGAUAUUGGUUCACAUGUCGUGAUUUACAACUAAAAUUAUACAAAACCCGAGAAGAAAUGAACAGCUCUGAGCCACCAUCGCAAAUAAUUAAUCUUCGCGGUUGUGAAGUUACGCCGGACGUUAAUUUGUCACAGAAUCGUUAUGGAAUAAGACUUGAAGUUCCAAGUGCUGAGGGCAUGUCAGAAAUGUGGAUCAGAUGCGAUACAGAAUCACAAUAUGCAAAAUGGAUGGCCGCCUGUCGAUUGGCGGCAAAAGGUCGCACAUUGGCUGAUUCUUCAUACGAAAGUGAAGUGAACAGCAUUAUUGAAUUUUUACAACUUCAAAGGCCUGCACCAGCACCUGCAAUCAGUCCCAAUUCCCUUGGAGAUAUUGUACCAGAAGAGUAUGUCGCUUCACGAUUUGUUAAGAAGUUCAAGGGAAAGUUGGUACAAAGGAUUUUGGAAGCACACGCCAAUGUUAAAGAUUUAUCGCUUGUUGAAGCAAAAUUAAAUUACAUCAAAGCAUGGCAAUCACUUCCCGAAUAUGGAAUCUCGUUGUUUGUCGUGAGAUUCACGGGUAAAGGAAAAGAUGAACUUUUAGGAAUUGCAAAUAAUAGGCUUAUGCGAAUGGAUCUUCAUAGUGGCGAUCAUUUGAAAACAUGGAGAUACAAUACAAUGAAGGCAUGGAACGUGAAUUGGGAAGUGAAACACAUGAUGGUACAAUUUGAGGAGGGAAAUAUUAUUUUCGAAUGUCAAUCGGCUGAUUGUAAAGUUGUUCAUGAAUUUAUUGGUGGCUAUAUUUUCCUCUCAAUGAGAUCGAAGGAAGCAAAUCAAACACUUAAUGAAGAAAUGUUUCACAAAUUAACAGGAGGAUGGCAUUAAAAAAAAAAAAAAAUUCACUAUUCAAAA